CCGAGACUUCCUGCUCUGGCCGGGCACAGGCUGGGAGCCUGGAGGGGUCAGAGGCUGCGCUCCGGGCAGGGGCAGGGGGAUGGCCGGCCGUGGCAGCGAUCUCUCCACCAGGAUGUCCAUAGAAGACGAGAGCACAGAGGAAAGGCGGAUCUAUGAAGCUGUGUUCACGCAUUUCAAAAGACACAAAGUGGAGAUUUCGAGCGCCAUCAGAAAGACGUUCCCUUUCCUUGAGGGCCUCCGUGACCGCGAACUCAUCACAGACAAAAUGUUUGAAGAUUCUCAAGACUCUUGCAGAAACCUUGUCCCAGUGCAAAAAGUGGUGUACAAUGUCCUCAGAGAGCUGGAGAAGACCUUUCACUGGGCAGUUCUGGAAGCGCUGUUCAGCGAGGUCAACCUGCAGGAAUACCCUGAUUUAAUUUCCGUUUAUAAAAGCUUUGAAAGUGUGAUCCAUGACAAGCUGCCCUCCCAGGGCAAUGAUGGAGGAGAGAGAGGGGAGAGGUCCACCUUCCGGCUGCGCCUUAGACAAGGAGCCGGCGAACCUUCUUUUCAACAAAGCCUGCCCUGGUGCCCCUCAGACGCCUCGUCUUCUGACGGCACAACUUCGCCUGGAAAUGGACACUCAGAGAUGCCCCGUGAUACAGAACAGACACAGAAAAAGAGAACAGACACACCCAGGGCCCCAGAUGAUGCCCCAGGAAGCCAACAAGCAAGCGAACCGAGUGCCCAAGAGGCUGAGCCUGCAGGUUCAAAGCCAUGCAGCCAAGGGAUCCAAGUUAACUCCUGUUCUGUGCUUCUGGUGGAUAUUAAGAAGGAAAAGCCAUUUUUUAAUUCAAAAGUUGAGGAACGAGCCCAAGCAAGGACAAACUGCAAGCAGUCAUCUGACAUCAUAGUCAUCAGCAGCGAGGACUCUGAAGAUCCCAGUGAUGGAGAGGAGCCCCCAAAAGCCUCCACCUCAGCACUGAGAGAGCCCACGGAUUUCGGAAAAUCAUCUCCAAUUAGGAAAAACCUUACGAAAAGAGUGAGAAUACAGGACCAGGACUCUUCAGGAUCCAGUGAGGACGAGCCUCGCCCAGUCAGCUGGAUCUUGGGGCAGAGAGACGAGCUGGGGAAGGAAGCUCCUGUGACUAUUGGAACCACAUCUACUUGGUGGAAUCACAACAGGAAAAGAGGGCCCGGGAGCGGAGCCUCUUCCACGCUGAGCAGUGGGGAGGAGUCCCAGGAAGCCGCCAGCUCAGCCCUCCCAAGUGGGUCAGGAGCAGAACCACAAGGACCCAGAAAUAAAGAGUGUUCCUGUGUCAUGUGUUUCCCCAGUGGUGACCCAGGAGGCCAAGAAGCACGGACCAAAAGUAACCAAGCAUCAGGCAAGAUGGGGAAAAGGAGAAGACGCACAAGCCGCACAAGCCGCACAAGCCGCACAAGCCGCACAAGCCGCACAAGCCGCACACGCCGCACAAGCCGCACAAGCCGCACACGCCGCACACGCCGCACACGCCGCACACGCACACGUAAGCGCAACAUCCUCCAACGAGGUCCAAGAAAUCCCAUUGGCAAACAUGUAGACUUUCUACUUCCUGAACUUCCUGUCACCUGUGGACAUAUGAAGGGAAUUCUACAUAAGGAGUUGCUGAAAGGUGCCUCGGCGAAGUGUAUAGAGUGUGACCACGGCUGGCUCUCCCCUCGAGAAUUUGAAGUUGCAGGAAACCACAUAGCAUGGAAGAACUGGAAGAAAAGCUUGCUGUGCCACGGAUUUCCUCUGAAAUCUCUGAUCGAGGAAGGUCUUCUGCCAGAGCCAAAAGGAACCAGGAAAAAAAGUAAUUAUCACGUGACCUCCCGCCAACGCCGCAUCUGUCAGAUCUUUGAUUUUCCAUGUCCAUCACGCCAGGAAACUCAAAAUGUGAGGUGUGCAACCAAGAGCAAAUACUGCUCUGCCGUGUCACUUGUUCAAAAUCCUAUCAUCAGGACUGCCACAUCCCACAUGUAGAAGAUUGGGGGUUAGUAACACACGGCCCCUGUCCCUUCCCACCUGCCCCCAGGGUGCCAUCGGAGGGGACGGGUGUCAACAUGUGCCUUUGCCUGCUGGGCAGUCUCUAGAGGCAGAAGACGGGUUAGCUCUUUCAUCAAGCCCGUCUACAGCACCAGCUCUGCACCAUGGGUCCCUGGAGCAGGAACAGAGUGGCCACGGGGAGUGCAUCUCCAGGACAGCUCACCACGUCUCCCUGAUUUUCAGGAGCCCCGCAGCACAAAGCCUGGUAGAUACGGCUGGAGGAGGAAUCUUGGGGCAAAUGGAAAGGCUCUGACCCUGUUGGUGGAUUUCUUUCUGAGAAGUUCCUGCAGGAAGAGUCUAGGGUUUAAAGGCAAUGUCAGAGUCCAGGAAGCCUGCAGCUUGUGCUCUGUGCUUAUUCAGUAAAGUUAAAACAUAAAAACUGGCUCCCCUGAGUUUUCCUGUGGUCUGAUUGAUUCAACAUGGCCGGAGACUCCAAUCCGUAAGCUUCUGAUUUCCAAGACUUGGUGGUGGCAAACAGGGCUCAUUAUCAAACUCACAGAGGCUCAUAUGGAAACUCCAGGUUUGAAGGUGAAUGAGGGUCCAUCAUUGUGAGCAUCUCACUCAAGAGGCUGCCACCAGUGCUACUACUGUUGACAGGAGCGGGGUGUCUUUGGCUACUGAACCCCAUGCAUCUACAAGAGGGAAAUUGGAUAUAAGAUGGAAACUACUAGUCAAUCCGGCACAGAGGACUUUAGCCAUCCUAGGACCCAUGACUGACAGACCCUGUCUUUGCUCACUUAAUACCCAACCUCCUAGGAACCCUCAGAGUUGCAUCAUUUGCAAGAAAAAGCUAAUGAGGAAGGGUGCCCAGAGAACCACCCACCUCUCAGGAGUCUGAGGUCCUGAUGAGGCUGACGCUGUCUGGCUGUCCAAGGACCAGCUGGUGGGUCAUGUUGUGAGCCCAAAGCUCGCUCUUUUCUGUUCCUGAAGGAGGAGCACCGUCCUGCAGAGGGCCAGAGGGAGGACUGUGUCUCAAGGCAAACCACUGUGCUUCCAUCCAUGUGCUCAAACACCAGAAUUUGGAUUCCAAAGAAAACCCCAUUCCAUGGGGCCGGUGCUGUGACGUAGCGGGUAAAACUGCUGCCUACAGUGCCGGCAUCCCGUAUGGGCACCGGUUGGAGUCCUGGCUGCUCCACUUCCAAUCCAGCUCUCUGCUAUGGCCUGGGAAAGCAGUAGAAGAUGGCCCAAGUCCCUGCACCUGCUUGGGAGACCUGGAAGAAGCUCCUGGCUCCUGACUUCGGAUUGGCACAGCUCCAGCCAUUGUGGCCAAUUGGGGAGUGAACCUGUGGGAUGGAAGAUUCUCUCUCUCUCUCUCUCUCUCUCUCUCUCUCUCUCUCUCUCUCUCCCACUCCUUCUCUCUGUGUGUAACUCUGACUUUCAAAUA